GACCCAUACGGCAAUCAGGGACUCCGGCAGUCCCGCCCGGGCAAACGUGACACACGCGCACCACAAUAAAGUAAGUGAGGUAGAAAGAUUCAAUCUUAGCUACUGACGCUAAAUUUCAAGUUUAAAUAGCUCGGUAGCCGGCAGAGGCUGCAGAUCCGAAAGCGCGAGGACACACGAGCGAGCUACACGAGCAGGAGCACGAGCAGUGCUCGCCCGGGAAAUCUUGUUAUUCGAACCAGAGGCCGUUGCUAGCCGGCAGCACUAGCCAAAGCUCGAGCAGUGAGAGGGAGCUAAGCUAACCAUGUGCAGCCAUGGCCAUGCGCCGACGUGCGUCACCUGCCCGCCCCCGUCGCAGGGGCAGCUCAUCACGGUGCUCAGCAUCGACGGCGGCGGCAUCCGCGGCCUCAUCCCCUCCACCAUCCUCGCCUGCCUCGAGUCCAAGCUCCAGGAGCUGGACGGGCCGGACGCGCGCAUCGCGGACUACUUCGACGUGAUCGCCGGGACGAGCACCGGCGCGCUGGUCGCGUCCAUGCUGGCGGCCCCCGGCGAGAACAAGCGGCCGCUCUUCCAGGCCAAGGACAUCAACAAGUUUUACCUCGACAACGGGCCCAAGAUAUUCCCACAGAGGAGCUGGGGAUUCCUGACCCCAAUCGGGAACCUGUUCGGCGCCGUGAACGGUCCCAAGUACGACGGCAAGUUCCUGCACGACAAGAUCAAGAGCCUCACCCACGACGUCACCAUCGCCCAGACCGUCACCAACAUCAUCGUCCCCACCUUCGACAUCAAGUUCCUGCAACCCGUCAUCUUCAACACGUACGAGGCCAGGGUGGACCCGCUCAAGAACGCGCACCUCUCCGACAUCUGCAUCAGCACCUCCGCCGCGCCCACCUACUUCCCCGCGCACUACUUCACCACCCACGACCCCGCCGGGAACCUCUCCGACCGCGAGUACCACCUCAUCGACGGCGGCGUGGCCGCCAACAACCCCACCAUGGCCGCCAUGUCCAUGAUCACCAAGGAGGUGCUGCGCCGCAACCCCGACUUCACGCACGGCAAGCCCGCCGAUUACAACAACUACCUCAUCAUCUCCAUCGGCACCGGGUCCGCCAAGCAGGCCGAGAAGUACACCGCGCCCGAGUGCGCCAAGUGGGGCGUCCUCCGCUGGCUCUACGACGGCGGCUUCACCCCGCUCAUCGACGUCUUCUCCCAUGCUAGCGCCGACAUGGUCGACAUCCACGCCGCCGUCCUAUUUGAGGCCCUCCGCAUUGAGGAGAACUACCUGCGCAUCCAGGACGACUCGCUCACGGGGCAAACGUCCUCGGUGGAUAUCGCCACCAAAGAGAACAUGGAGGCGCUUAUUGGGAUCGGUAAGAAUCUGCUCACCAAGACCGUAUCCCGGGUAAACAUUGACAAUGGGAUGUAUGAGACCGUCGACGGUGCUGGCACCAAUGAAGAGGCGCUCGUCCGCUUCGCCAAGAGGCUCUCCGAGGAGCGCAAGCUGCGCCAAACCAACCUCAACUCCAAGUAGAGAAGAGAAGAGAGACGAAGAAGCACUACCUACAAUGCUUAGGGAUGCAACCAGAUGCGUAAAGGAUUCGUUACUUUAAUAAUUAUGAUUUAUGAUUGUUUUAGUUAUGCUUUCGCGGAUAAACGGAAAUAAAAAUGUAUGUUUUUUUCAUGGUAAUAAAGAUGUAUGUUGUCCA